GUGAAAGCGCUUUCUCGUCUGGCGAUUCUGCUGUGCUCAGGAUGAAGAUAGCUGUGAUUGGUCAGAGCGUUUUUGGCCUGGAGGUGUUCAAGGAGCUGAGGAAGGAGGGCCACCAAAUUGUGGGAGUGUUCACUAUACCAGACAAGGAUGGCAAAGCAGACCCUCUAGGUGCGGAGGCGGAGAAGGACGGCGUGCCCGUCUUCAAGUUCCCCCGCUGGCGUCUGAAGGGUGGGGCCAUCCCGGAGGUGGUGGAGGCCUACAAGGCCACCGGGGCCGAGCUCAACGUCCUGCCCUUCUGCUCCCAGUUCAUCCCCAUGGAGGUCAUCGACCACCCGGCCCGUGGCUCCAUCAUCUACCACCCCUCCCUGCUGCCCCGACACAGGGGGGCCUCCGCUAUUAACUGGACCUUGAUCCACGGUGACAGAAAAUGCGGAUUCACGGUUUUCUGGGCCGAUGACGGACUGGACACCGGACCAAUCCUGUUGCAGAGGGAGUGUGACGUGGAACCUGAUGACACGGUCAACACACUCUACAACAGGUUCCUCUUCCCAGAGGGAGUGAAGGGCACAGUGGAUGCGGUGAGGCUGAUCGCAGAGGGGAAGGCCCCGAAGAUCGUUCAGCCCGAGGAGGGAGCCACCUACGAGGGGAUCCAGAAGAAAGACAAAGCAAAGAUUGACUGGAACCAGCCUUCGCAGGCCCUACACAACUGGAUCAGAGGAAACGACAAAGUGCCCGGGGCGUGGGCCGAGAUUGACGGACAGAAAAUUACAUUCUAUGGCUCCACUCUGGUAGACAACAUUGCCACUGCUGGUGGUCAGUCCCUGGAGAUCCCGGGUGCCAGCAGGCCUGGUCUGGUCACCAAGGCGGGCCUGGUUCUGUUUGGCAACGACGGCAAGACGCUUCUAGUAAAGAACCUGCAGUUUGAAGAUGGGAAGAUGAUUGCGGCAGCACAGUAUUUCAGUCGUGGGACGGGCACCUCAGUGGAGCUCACUGAGAACGAAAAGGCUUUUGCGGAUCAGAUGAGGGGUGUGUGGACCAGUAUCCUGACGCAAUGUGGCCAGAUCGACGACUCCACAGACUUCUUCAAGUCCGGCGCUGCUUCUAUGGACGUGGUCAGGCUGGUGGAGGAGGUGAAGCUGAGAGCCAGCGGGUGUCAGCUGCAGAAUGAGGACGUGUACAUGAACCCCACCUUCCAGGACUUCGUUCAGAUGUGUGUGAGGAAGCUACGAGGGGAGGAUGGCGAGGAAGAGCUGGUCGUUGACUAUGUAAGAAUCGUCCGUUGGAGAAGAACAUCAACAAACAUGACGGUUCGACUGCCCCACCAGCUCUUCGUCAACGGGGAGUUUGUGGAUGCGGAGGGGGGGAAGACCUACAAGACCAUCAACCCCACCGACGGAAUGCCCAUCUGCGAUGUGUCUCUCGCUCAAGUCAGAGACGUGGACAUAGCCGUAGCAGCCGCCAAGGACGCGUUUGAGGAGGGGGAGUGGGGCAAGAUGAACCCCCGAGACCGAGGCAGACUAAUAUACAAGCUGGCUGACCUGAUGGAGGAGCACCAGGAGGAGCUGGCCACCAUAGAAUCCAUGGACUCGGGGGCUGUCUACACCCUGGCCCUGAAGACCCACGUGGGCAUGUCCAUCCAGACCUUCCGCUACUUCGCCGGCUGGUGCGACAAGAUCCAGGGCUCCACAAUCCCCAUCAACCAGGCGCGGCCCAAUCGCAACCUCACCUUCACCAGGAAGGAACCAAUAGGGGUGUGUGCCAUCGUAAUCCCUUGGAACUACCCACUGAUGAUGUUGGCCUGGAAAACCGCUGCCUGUCUGGCUGCUGGGAACACAGUGGUCCUCAAACCCGCACAGGUGACGCCGCUGACUGCCGUGAAGUUUGCCGAGUUGUCAGCAAGGGCAGGAUUCCCCAAGGGAGUGAUCAACAUCCUCCCUGGAUCAGGUGCUCUUGUGGGCCAGCGUCUAGCCGACCAUCCGGAUGUCCGGAAGCUGGGCUUUACCGGUUCCACUCCAGUAGGCAAACACAUCAUGAAGAGUUGUGCAGUCAGUAAUGUGAAGAAGGUGUCCCUGGAAUUGGGGGGCAAAUCCUCCGCUCGAUCAAUCUUCAGCGACUGUGACAUGGAGAAGGCUGUAGGCGAAUGGGCCAUGAGUGCUGUAUUCUUCAACAAGGGAGAGAACUGUAUAGCAGCAGGUCGACUCUUUGUGGAAGAGAACAUCCAUGACCACUACGUCCAGAGAGUGGUGGAUGAAGUCAAGAAGAUGAAGAUCGGGGAUCCUCUGGAUCGCUCCACCGACCACGGACCCCAGAACCACAAGGCCCACCUGGAUAAGCUUGUGGAGUUCUGCCAGACGGGGGUUCAGGAAGGCGCCACUCUGGUGUGUGGGGGGAAGCAGGUCGCCCGUCCAGGUUUCUUCUUUGAGCCCACCAUCUUCACCGACGUCCAGGACCACAUGUUUAUCGCCAAAGAGGAGUCGUUCGGCCCCAUCAUGAUCCUCUCCAAGUUCAAGAGCGGGGACGUCGAAGAGGUUCUGCGGAGGGCCAACGCAACCGAGUACGGCCUGGCGUCGGGCGUGUUCACCCGCGACAUUGGCAAGGCGCUCUUGGUCAGCGAGAAGCUUAACGCUGGCACCGUGUUUGUCAACACCUACAACAAGACAGAUGUGGCCGCUCCCUUUGGCGGCUUCAAGCAGUCUGGCUUCGGCAAAGACCUGGGACAAGAAGCUCUCAACGAAUACUUGAAGACCAAGUCUGUCACCAUAGAGUAUCUAAUAUGUAGAGAGGAGGACAGAGAGGAGAGAGAAAAAGAAACAUUAGAGAAACAGAGAGAAAGACGUGUUUAGUAGAGCCAGAGGAGAGAUGAUGACAAAAAAGGGAUAAGUAUACAGAGAUAUAAAGUAUAAACAGAGGUAUAAGUAUAAAAUUGGGGUUCCUUAUAAUGCUGUAUUACUUAACAGCAUUGAUUGAUUGAACCAUAAGACAAAGGUCCUUAACUUAAAAUGUGUGGCAGCUAUUCCCUCCAAAUAAUAACUGUAUUUAUUCAUCAAUUAUCAUAGGAUUCCUGAUUGAGCUUGUCAACAUUUUUACAAUGUGGUUUGCAUAAUAAUACGAUGCAUUUCAUGCAAUACAUUUCUACACAGUACAAAUGUUGGACUUUGUGCGUAAAUUCCUUAACUAAAUGGACUUCUAAUAGAGAUUUUCCAUUCCAUUAAGUAUGCUUUUAAUCUGGGAUUAAAGUGAAUUUGUUGGCAAAAGUUAAACAAGAAAAUCACACAUGGACUGAAUAGACUGAAUUAGAAAUAUGUCAUAUGUUGUUCUUCUGAAAUGUGAUUAAGCCUAUAAUGUUGCUUGCCUUUAGUUAGCGCUAUAUGUUGUGCAAUUUAACAUUUUAAUGAGAAAAAUAAGAAAAUACCCCCCCCCAUUAGAAAUAGGAAACAUUCACUGUUAUAUUUGAACAGUUGUUCGACACUGGAAAGUCUAAAACAAUGUUUGUCUUCUCUAUGUAAUUGUCUUCUCUGUGUAAUUGUCUUCUCUGUGUAAUUGUCUUCUCUGUGUAAUUGUCUUCUCUAUGUAAUUGUCUUCUCUGUGUAAUUGUCUUCUCUGUGUAAUUGUCUUCUCUGUGUAAUUGUCUUCUCUGUGUAAUUAUCUUCUCUGGGCAAUAGAUGUGGUGGAUUCACAAAAAAUACUGAAUGAGAAUUCAGUGGCACAUAAUGAAUUCCAUUUCAGAGCUGGAAGAACUUUUAUUAAAUGUUUUACCUGUUUUUCUGAUAUUAAAAUCCUUAAGGUAUCCUGUAUAAAAAUCUAACGUCUUGGUUUCUCACACAUUCCAACCGUAAAAUUAAAAAACGUUCCAAUUCCAGUGUACUGGACUAUAUCCAAGAGAGAGGGCAG